AUGUGUGUUCUGCCCGUUCUCAUGUUGACUCUUUUUGUGAGUUUUGCUAGCAAACUGUGUAGGGAGAACCUUUUAAGCAAUUCAAACACGUACUGCGUUCCCGAUUCAGGAGCUGUUCUGUCAAUUCUUUCAUUCAUCUUGUGGAUCAUUGUUGCAGUGUCCUUCCGGCAACUGGUGAGCCGUCGUACGCAAAAGGAGAAUACUGAUAUUAACUAUGGGGACGAGGAAGAGGUAAACUCUGCCCCUCCAAAUCAAAGUGGAAGUAAAUCGGUCAUUGUUGAAGUCAUGACGGAUGCUGAGGGCACCAAGACCACAACUACAACCACUACAGACGCAAAAGGGAAUAAGAUUGUUGAAAAGACGGUUGAAAUGAAAAAUAACUCUUACAGCGAAGACACCGAAUCAUAA